AUGGAUAUCGUACUCGCCGUCUCUAAUUAUGUCGGGAAGAUGGUGUCGGCCGACGGGGCCGCGGGCUCGUCGGGAAAGAUGAAGAUCCUCCUGCUGGAUAGCGAAACCGUCUCGAUUGUGUCCACAGCUAUCACGCAGUCUGCGCUGCUGGGACAUGAGGUGUACCUCAUAGACCGACUAGACAAUGCCGACCGCGAGAAGAUGCGGCAUCUCCGGUGCUUAUGCUUCGUGCGGCCGUCGUCGGAUGCGAUACAGCUCCUCAUUGACGAGUUCCGGGAUCCAAAGUACGGGGAGUACCACAUCUACUUUAGCAACAUCGUCAAAAAGUCCGCGCUGGAGCGACUCGCCGAAGCCGACGACCACGAGGUGGUCCGCGUGGUCCAGGAGUACUUCGCCGACUACCUCGUCAUCAACCCUGACCUCUUCGCGCUGAGCCUUGGCGGCCCGCAGCGCCGCAUCUGGUCGUCGAGCCCCGAUAUGUGGAACACAGACUCGCUCUCGCGGGCCGCCGACGGCGUGCUCGCGGUGCUGCUGAGCUUGAAGAAGAAGCCGCUGAUCCGGUAUGAGAAGAACAGCGCGCUGGCGAAGAAGCUCGCCGCAGAGGUCAGGUACCAGAUUGGGCAGGAGGACCAGCUGUUUGAUUUUGGGAGGCGCGCGGAUACGCCGCCGAUAUUGCUGAUAUUGGAUAGGAGGAAUGAUCCGAUUACGCCGUUGCUGUCGCAGUGGACGUAUCAGGCAAUGGUGCAUGAGUUGCUGGGUAUACAGAAUGGGCGGGUGGACCUGUCGGAGGUGCCGGAUGUGAGGCCGGAGUUGAAGGAAAUCGUACUAUCGCAAGACCAAGACCCGUUCUUCAAGAAGAACAUGUACCUCAACUUCGGCGACCUCGGCGGCAACAUCCGCGAUUACGUCGACCAAUACCAGCACAAGACAAAGUCCAACAUGAACAUCGAGAGCAUCGCCGACAUGAAGCGCUUCGUCGAGGAAUACCCCGAGUUCCGCCGGCUCUCGGGCAACGUCAGCAAGCACGUCACCCUCGUCGGCGAGCUCAGCCGCCGCGUCGAGAAACACAACCUCCUCGAGGUCAGCGAGCUCGAGCAGAGCCUCGCAUGCAACGACUCCCACGCCGCAGACCUAAAGACCAUCCAGCGCCUCCUCCAAUCCAACAUCCCCCACGAGAACAAGGUCCGCCUGGUCGCCCUCUACAGCUUGCGCUACGGGGGCACAAACAACAGCGCCAUAUCCGUCCUGCUCGACCUCCUGGCCGUCAAUGGCGUCCCGCAGGGCCGCGUCAACGUCAUCCCAAACCUCCUCGCCUACCAGGCGUCGGUGAAGCGCCAGGACGUCGUUUCCAAGGCAGAGUCCAUAUUCUCACUCGCCCGGACGGGAUUUAAGGGGCUUAAGGGCGUGGAGAACGUGUAUACGCAGCAUGUGCCGCGGAUGGAGCAGGUGCUGAAUGACCUGAUUAAGGGCCGGCUGAGCCAGCAGACGCAUCCGUUUGUGGAGGGCACGGGCACGAGGGAGAAGCCGCAGGAUGUCAUUGUGUUUAUGGUCGGCGGGACGACGUAUGAGGAGGCGAAGCUGAUUGCGCAGGUGAAUGCGGCGACGCCGGGGGUGAGGGUGGUGUUGGGGGGUACGAGUGUGCUGAAUAGUAGGACGUUUUUGGAUGAGAUUGAUGAUAUUGUGCCGACGUGGCCGGCGCCGGAGCCGACUACUGCGGCGGGGAGGUUGAGGAGGGAGGUGGGGGGGAGAUAG